AUGCGAAAAAAAAGGUUCUUUGACUCGUGCACGCCUCCAACACGUGAGCAACGACUUUCUGCUUCUGACACACGCUUAGAUGCUUCACAAGUCGAUCUUAUUAAUACGCAAUCCAACUCUGACAUAUCUCUCUCUCUUUCUCCCUCUCUCUCUCUCUCUUUCUCUCUUUCUCUCUCUUUCUCUUUCGUCCAUAUUAUUCUUUAUUUCACAUUCUCUUUCUCUCCCGCACUCCCCCACUCUUUUUUCUCUCUCUCUCUCUCCCGCACUCCCCCACUCUUUUUUUUCUCUCUCUCCCUCUCUCUCUCUCUCUCUCUCUCUCUCUCUCUCUCUCUCUCGAGAUCAAUCAGUCUCAAAAUCUGGGCUUCUAUUUCGCAGGAAAUCAUCUCUCUCUCUCUCUCUCUCUCUCUCUCGAUCUCACUCAAGCUCUCUCUCUCAUAUUUUAUCUACGCUCGGUCCUUUCCCACACUUCUUUUCUCUCAAUCUCACUCUUUCUGUUUCCAUCGGCUUUGCGCCUCUCUUUAUGAUCGUUCAGGCGACAAGGUUACUUAA